ACACGUGCUGUAAUUGGUCAACGACAACCGUGAAGAAGCUCGGUGAGAAUUUAUAAAAGUUGUACAAACUCCAGGAAUCUUUUUGUAGUUCCAAAAAUGAAGGGUGAAGAAGGAAUAGAAGGGAAGACUUUCCUGGUGACAGGAGGACUCGGUUUUGUGGGUGCUGCUCUUUGCCUUAAACUUAUCCAAUAUGGUGCUUCUCAGGUUCGAUCCUUGGACAUUCGUUCUUCUUCAACAUGGUCCUCUCAACUUUCUCAAGCUGGUGUUGUCUUCAUCCUUGGGGACAUUACGAGCAAAAAGGAUGUUGAGAAGGCUCUACAAGGGGUAGAUUGUGUUUUCCAUAUUGCUUCAUAUGGCAUGUCAGGUAAAGAAAUGCUCAAGACUGCUCAGAUUGAUAAGGUUAAUAUUGAUGGGACUCGCCUCUUACUAGAUGCAUGUGUCAAAUGCGGGAUCAAAAGGCUUGUUUAUGUGAGCACAUAUAAUGUGGUUUUUGGAGGAAAGAAGAUCGUAAAUGGAGAUGAAAGUCUUCCUUAUCUUCCACUAGAUGACCAUCGUGAUCCAUAUAGCCGCAGCAAAGCUAUUGCCGAGCAGCUAGUCCUGAAUUACAAUGGACGCCCUUUGAGGGUGAAUGGUGGAUGUCUUUACUCUUGUGCAGUUCGACCUGCUGCUAUUUAUGGACCAGGUGAAGAUAGGACUUUCCUAAAGAUAGUGAAUUAUGCAAAGUUAGGUCUGCUGCUGUGUAAAAUUGGCGAUUCAAGUGUCAAAACAGACUGGGUUUAUGUGGAUAAUAUUGUAUCUGGUAUUGUAUUAGCAAGUAUGGGGCUUCUAGAUGACCUUCCUGAAAGAGAGGGGCUCCCAGUUGCAGCUGGACAGUCGUACUUCAUCUCAGAUGGAUGUCCGGCUAAUACUUUUGAGUUCAUCCAGCCUCUAUUAGAGAGCCUAGAGUACGAUGUACCAAAGGCCUCAUUAACAGUAUCCUCAGCUCUUGUGUUUGGAAAGAUAUGUCAGGUUUUUUAUACCAUUUUAUACUCCUGGCUAAAUAUUUCAUGGCUUCCUCAGCCACUGAUCCUCCCAGCUGAAGUAUACCAGAUUGGUGUAACACAUUACUUCUCUUUACAAAAAGCCAAGGAGGAGUUGAAGUAUGUUCCUCUGGCGAGUCCACAAGAGGGCAUGGCAGUGAUGAUCUCGUAUUGGAAAGAUAGAAAGAGGAGAAAUAUUGAUGUACCGAAAUUAUAUGCAUGGCUAUUUUGUGUAUUUGGGUUAUCUGGUCUCUUUGCUGUCAACUUCUUACCAGAUAUUGGUCCUGUUACAUUCCUCAGAGCCAUAGCUCUUUUCAUAUUUAGAUCAAUGAAAAAUAUUCGAAUUGCUUUCUUUAUUGUUGCAAUUGCACAUACUUCUGAGGCCAUUUUCGCAUGGUUCCUAGCAAAGAAGGUGGACCCUAUAAACGCAAAAGGUUGGUUUUGGCAGACGCUGGUUCUUGCAACCUUCUCUUUGCGUCUUUUGCUGGCGAGAGCAGGACCUGCUAGCUAGGGUGAGAGCUGAUUGUUCAUAUAUAUAUAUUGUUCCUUAUAUAUAAAAUUUGUUUUGUCUAGAUAUAUUUAA